AUGAUUGAUCUCUUUUAUUGCAACUUAAGUUUCUUCAUCGUUGACGAAUAUCUUAAACAUUUGGAGCAAUAUGAAACUUCUGAGGAAACAUCUGAAAGAAAAAUACUUGAUGGUUCGAUAAAGGUUUUGGAUUUAGCAUUUGAAACAAAAGUUUCUGGAAAAUUUCAAUGCAUUUUUUGUCACUAUGGUACAGUAGAAAAAGAUGAAAUGCAUGCACACAUGGAAGCGCAUCCCAGUGAAAAAUUUCUGUAUUGUGUUCGAAUGCGUGCUCCUGGUUCUACUGCCAUGGACAUUACUUCAGUUGAAACAAUCAAUGUUAACACAAAAGUUGAUAUUGAAAUCAUUUCGAUUGAAGAAAAUCGAACGGAUGAAGUAAUAAAAGACUUCAAAAUAACUGUUGACUCGGAUUUGGAGGAAGCUCUAAAUUCAAAAAAAAUUUUAAAAUUAGCUUAGUUUUUAAAUGUACUUUUUUAGUCAAGGAGUUAUUAUUUAAUGUGGAAUCAAUAAAUGAG